AUGUCCGAGAUCAGAGCGUGCUUUCCUGAUCGCCCUCAAUUUUUGGGGUUCAUGAAGCCCUGUCGGGUGGAAGGAGAUGUAUCCCAAUUGGAAGUGUACGCUGAAAUCCCCAAGGAGAUCGAUGGAGUCUUCUAUCGGGUAAUGCCCGAUCCUCAACUGCCUCCCUUCAUCGAAGAUGAUCCCUGGUUCAACGGGGACGGAAAUGUCGCCGCCUUCCGCAUCCACGACGGCCGAGCAUCCUUCCGGCAACGGUACGUGCGGACGGAGAAGUUCGUGCGAGAGCGCGAGGCUCAACGGGCACUGCUCGGCAAAUACCGAAAUAAGUUUACCGAUGCAGUGGAGUUCAAAGUCCGCAGCACCGCCAACACCAAUGUGGUCUUCUUCAACGGGCAGCUGCUGGCACUAAAGGGGGAUUCUCCCCCUUACGCCAUGGAUCCCGUCACGCUGGAGACCAAGGGGCUCUAUGACUUUGAGGGCCAGCUGCCCAGUCUCACCUUCACCGCGCAUCCAAAGUUUGAUCCGGUCACGGGCGAGAUGGUCUGUUUCGGAUAUGAAGCGCGGGGGGAUGGGACACCCGACGUGUGCUACUACAGAGUCUCGCCCACCGGCCAAUUCAUGGAGGUGGUCUGGCUGGUCGCGCCGGUGGUGGCGAUGAUCCAUGACUUUGCCGUGACGGAUAACUGGGUCGUCUUCCCGAUCAUACCUCAAGUGUGUGACAUUGAACGCAUGAAACAAGGAGGAGACCACUGGCAAUGGAGCCCCGAGACCCCGUUCUACUUGGGGGUCAUGCCACGACGGGGCGCCAAAGCCGAAGAUGCCAAGUGGUUCCAAUAUAAGAAUUCCUUCCCGGGCCACACGGCCAACGCCUACGAGGAUGAAAACGGCCAUCUGGUGAUCGACCUGGGCUUAAGUGAGACAAACGUGUUCUUCUGGUGGCCCGAUGCCCAGGGAAGCGCACCCGAGUCCAGCUUGAUUCGCUCCCAGCUGGUCCGAUUCACCCUCGAUCCCCAGACUGAGGAUCUCGCCCUUCCCGAACCUAAAAUGCUGCACCAGGGCAACUCAGAGUUCUACCGGAUCGAUGACCGGUUCGCCACCCAUCCCUAUCGCCACUGCUGCUUCGAUCUGAUGGACCCGCAGCUGGGUACCGAUUUCGAACGGAUUGGACCCAAGCUCGGGGGUGGUUACCCCUUGUAUAAUGCCUUGGUCCACUUCGACAACGCCACGGGGCAAACAGAGGUCUACUUCCCCGGAAAUACCCAUCUGGUCCAAGAGCCGGUCUUUAUCCCCCGGAAGGACUUGACCACGGAGGGAGAUGGGUAUAUUCUGGCGCUGGUCAAUAACUAUGAGACUAUGGCUAGUGAGCUCCAUCUUCUGGACACGCGAGACUUCACUCACGCGCAGGCCAAGUUCCUGCUUCCGGUCCGCUUGCGCCAGGGUCUACAUGGAAGCUGGGUGGAUGGGAGAGAUGUCAGGCCACAGACAGAGUAA